AUGAGUGACAAAGACAUUUCUGAAUUAGCUUUUUGGCAGCACCUGAAAAAGAUGGGUUCUACCACCUAUAUUUGGUGCAACCAGAAAAUGUUAACGGUGACAAAUAAUGAUGAUGAUCUCUUCAAUGAAUUUGUUGAUGAAGGAAUUGAGGAAUCUGUGACUCAUAGUUUGAGGCAUUUGAGAUGUAAGGAGGGAAGGUUAAGUGAUAAUGAUGAUGUGGUGGUGGAAGGUGAUGGCUUUGCAGUUCCAGAUGAGGUGGAAUUGAAUGACAGUGAUGAUGAGAAACUGAGUAUCAUAGGCUCAGAUGAUAAAGGGCCUCACUACCCUGUAUUCAACCAAGAUACAGACUUGAAGGGAACUAUUGUAUUCACAAAGGGCCUGAAGUUUGCAUACAACAAUUUGUUUAGAAAGGCUCUGCAGUGGCAAGCAAUACAAAGGGGCUACAAUUGUUUCUUUUUGCACAACAACAACAGUAGGGUUUCUAUUGACUGUGCACAGAGGUGUGGGUGUCCUGUUCAAAAGGGAAGGAUACUGAAAUGCACUUGCAAGGUGAAGAAUAAGUGUAGGUUCAAAAUCCAUUGCAAAAAACUGAAAAAGGAGGAGUCAUGGCAGAUAAAGAGUAUAAGGCAUGACCAUAUUUGUGAGCACCAAACUAACAACCCAAAGCUCACCUCACAAUAUUUGGCAGAGAGGUACUUGGUAGCACUUGAAUUGUUAAGGGUUACAGGUGUUGAGACAGGGAAACCUGAAUUCUUGAGAUUAUAUGUGUGUUUACAAGCAUGUAAAGAGGGUUUCUUGGCUGGUUGUACGCCAAUCUUGGGGGUAGAUGGAGCUCAUCUCAAAGGGACUUACCCUGGUAUUCUGUUGACUGCAGUUGGGAAGGAUGGAAACAACAAUCUCUUCCCAGUUGAUUGGGCUGUAGUUGAGACUGAGAAUUCUGAGACAUGGGGGCUUCUAGAUGCCUUCAAUAAGGUCAUGCCAAGAGCUGAGACCAAGUACUGUGCAGAAACAUAUGAACACUUCAAAAUGCAUAUGAACAGCAUCAAGAACAUCAACAUUGCAGCUUACAACUACCUGCAAGCCAUCCCAGUUGAGCAUUGGAGUAGGCAUGGUUUCAGCACAAGUUCCAAAUCUGUCAAGAUGAUUGAGAAAGGUUUACGACAAACUUCACAAAUGAGGUUGAGGCAAGCUGAUCUGAAUGAGUUUGAGGUUAACCAUGAAGACUACACUUAUGUAGUAGAUUUGGAGGCACAAACUUGCAGUUGUGGUAGGUGGACACUAAUGGGGAUCCCAUGUUGGCAUUCAUUAGCAUGUAUUCAGUUGAGGAGGCUUAAGUAUGAACAUUAUGUUCACAAAGCAUACCAUGUAGAAACAUAUGCUGCUACUUAUGUACCAAAGUUGAGAGGUAUGCCUGGCCAGCUACAAUGGGAGCAGACUGACUACCCUAAACCAUUACCCCCACCUCAUAGGAAUCUACCUGGGAGACCUUCCAACCACAAAAGGAAGAAAGAGGUGGGAGAAGAUCAGGAAAGGCAGGAAACAAAGAAGGCUAAGAGGCAAAAUAGGUGA